CCUAUAGGAGCUGGACUGGGAUGCCCACAGCUUCCUGCUGCUCUUUGCUUUGAAGGAGCUGUUGAUCAGCUGGCAGUUAUCUCCCAUCCUGACAGUGCCAAAAAAUGACUUUUCCAGAUCUCUGGAGUGCUGUGGUCAGAGCAGCAGCUCAUGCUGGAGCUGUGCGGGGACAGGUGCUCAGUAUCCCAACAUGCUUCAUGUUGGUGCCAUGGUCGCUCCGUCCCUUAGCUUCUGGGCUGAUUGAAGAGGCAGACAGAGCUCUGGGGGCCAAUGGGCCUCGGGUCUCCUCCUUCUGCUUUACAGGAGGUCUUCUCCUUUACAGUUGGACUGGAUGAUGUUGGAGGUCUUUUCCAGCCUUGGUGAUUCUAUGAUUCCUGCACAUCCCCACGGUGUAGGGUUGUGCUUUGUCCUUUUCCCAGCUAUCCUCCAAAUUGCAAAAGAAAAGUGAUGGCAGACUUACCGCAGGUUUAUGCCGUAAUUUCAUUUUAAUUCCAGCUCUCAUCACUUCCCUCGCAGGUGCGGAAGCACGGGGCCAAGUUGCUGGCGUCCAUGGUCAAUGGCAUGGACGACAGAGACGACCCCAACAACCUGGUGGCACUGGAGGCCAUGACCAGUCUGUCCAAGCUCCUGGAGCACCUGGAGGAGAGGGACGUGCAGGCCAUGCUCCUACAUGUCGCCAUCAGGAUCCGGCCCUUCUUUGACAGCGAGCAGCCCGACCUCCGCCGCUCGUCCAUCGUGCUCUUCGGCAACCUGACCAAAUUCAGUGAGAGCGACUGCGAGGCGUUCUUCGAGCAGAUCCUCAACGGGCUGGUGACGCUGCUGCUGCACCUCCAGGACCCCAAACCCGAGGUCGUCAGGGCCUGCAAGUUUGCUCUGCGCAUGUGCGGCCCCAACAUGGGCUGCGAGGGGCUGUGCGACAUGUUCCUGAACCACCUGCGGGAGGACCGGAGCCUGCACUACGGCGAGUUCAUGAACAACGUCUGCAAGCACCUGGUGAGUGCUGCCCAGGUGGCCAACGGGUGGGCAGCGGUUGAAAACCAGUUGAGAAACGGUUGA